AUGGCCACCCUAUCCUUGAAGAGAUCUCGACCCUCUACUCCAGAUUCAACUGCACCCAUGAAAAGAGUUCGGAUGGAGGCAUCUAUCUCGCUGAAGCCCGUACGCUUUCUUAUCAUGUCCGACACCCAUAGUGCUGAACUGCCUUCAACGCUUCCAGAAUGCGACGUUCUGCUUCACUGUGGCGAUCUCACCGACGACGGCUCCCCGGGAGCCAUCUCUGAAGCACUUGAAGCACUUAGCAAGGUUAAAGCCGAGCUGAAGCUCGUAAUAGCUGGAAACCAUGAGAUAUCCCUAGAUAAGCAGUAUUAUCUAUCGGAGGGCGGAUCGUUAGCCGAUAUAGCAGCAGCACAGGCAAUGAUCUCGCCUGAUCCCACCUCAGAGGCCAGCAAGGGCGGAGUCACUUUCCUAUCUGAAGGCACACAUACAUUCAGAAUCUCCUCAGGGGCUACAUUCAGCAUCUACGCCUCGCCAUACACCCCUGAAUACGGAACGUCAGGUUUUCAAUACCCUACCAACGAAGAUCGGUUCAAUCCUCCCGAAAAUACGCCUCUGUGGGCUCAUAACGUCGGUACCGAAGAAUCAAAAGUUCCUAGCAACAUCGAUAUAGUUAUGACUCAUGGUCCACCCAAAUACAUUCUAGACUCCACUUCUGAUGGACGAAGCGCAGGUUGCGAACAUUUACGAAAAGCCCUUGAGAGAGUAAAGCCAAAAUUGCAUUGCUUUGGCCACAUACAUAAAAGUUAUGGCGCCCAGAGGAUCGAGUAUGAUAAAAGCUCAAAGUCCAAGGAUGAGGCUGGUUCAAUCAUUCCGAUAGCGAAGGAAUGGGUGGGAAAGAAUCAGGCUAAGAAGAAAGGGUUUGCAAGCUUGCCACCUGGCUCCCUCGAAGUGUUUCGCAAGGGGAACCAAACGCUAUGCAUCAAUGCAGCUAUGGAGGGAGAGGACGGGCAGCUGGAGAAUGCACCCUGGGUUGUCGAUCUGGAUUUGAAAGUGUCCGAGUAG